AUGCAGGGUACAAAAGAGGAAUAUAAUGAUUGCAAUCUAUGUUUUCUCAUCCUUGCCAGAGGUGAAUGUGUCUCUGAAGGUGGGAUUUCCUGGACAAUCGAAGCUCCCAUCUAUUUCUGCUACAAAGUAGUAGAAACACACAACAUUCUGGAUCCAUCUAACACUACCCUUCUCUGGGGUCACACCACUGACACCCAGAAACUCAAGCUAACCACUAAUGGCAAAAGGAGGCUGAGGCGUUUUAUUGUCAUAGACGAAGUUGUGGAUGAACUUUAUGGCUCCAAAGUCCGGCGUUACUUUGAAGAGAACAACGUGCAGCACAAAAUCCUCGCCCUGCCUACCACAGAAGAAACGAAAUCCAUGGACCUGGUCUUGAACAUCCUGCAAGAAGUCCAGAAGUUCAGUAUUGACAGGCGAACAGAGCCCAUCAUUGCCAUUGGAGGAGGUGUUUGCCUGGACAUUGUGGGGUUAGCUGCCUCCCUCUAUAGAAGACGCACUCCUUACAUCCGUGUCCCAACAACCCUCCUUUCCUACGUUGAUGCCAGCGUGGGAGCAAAGAAUGGAGUGAACUUCCUCCAGUGCAAGAACAAGCUUGGGGGCUACACCCCCCCAGUAGCAAGCUUCCUGGAUAGGUCCUUCAUACAGAGCAUUCCUCGGCGACACAUCUCCAAUGGCCUUGGGGAAAUCUUAAAGAUGGCACUCAUGAAGCACAAAGGGCUGUUUGACCUGCUCAAGAGCCAUGGAAAAUACCUGCUGGACACCAAGUUCCAGUCUUAUAGUGGCUCUGCCAACCGUGGGGAUGCUGCACUGCAGACCACCAGAAUUGCCAUUGAAACCAUGCUGGAAGAGCUGGCUCCCAACCUUUGGGAGGAUGACUUGGACAGACUGGUGGAUUUUGGUCACCUUAUAAGCCCAGAGCUGGAAAUGAGGGUUUUGCCAUCGCUGAUGCAUGGAGAAGCCGUGACCAUUGAUAUGGCUUUCAUGACAUACGUGGCCCACACACGGGGAUUGAUCACGAAGGACGAGAAGGACCAGAUCAUCCAGUGCAUGCGGGGCCUGGAGCUGCCCGUGUGGCAUGGUGCCUGCAGCUGGGCCCUCAUCCAGGCAGCGCUGAGGGAGCGCCUGCGGCAUGGAGGGGGGCAGCCCCGCAUGCCACUGCCCACCGGCCUCGGAGUAGCAGGUACAAAGCAUGGGGAUGUGCUGAAGAGUUCAAUGAAGGUGUUUAUGGUGCGUCCUUAG